AUGGUAUAUGCAUGUUUAUUUUGUGGUAAAGUGGUUAAAACUUUAUUACUAAAAAGUCAUAUUGAAAGCCAUAUUACAUACCCAUUAUAUCGUUGUGGUGAAUGUAAGUUUGAAUGUUACAAAGAUACAGAAUUUCUUGAUCAUAUAUCUGAAACUUAUCAUUUGUCAUCUCAACUAAAAAAUGCCUAUGUUCAAUUAUUUGUUGAUAGAUUAGAAAAAAUAACACACUAUGCACAUAUGGACAAACUUAAUUUUAAAAAUCAAAGUUUUAAAAUUUUAAGAGACUCUAAAAAUGAUAAAAAAUGUACAAUUUUAAGUAUUAGAACAUUCAUUUCUUGCCUUUUUUGUAAAGAAAAACUCAAAUGUACCGAUGUAACAAAACACAUUUUAUUACAUUUAAAUUUUUUAGAAAUAAAUAACAAUUUUACAAAUGAAGUUGAUUCAGAUGAUAUUUACAAAAAAUUAAAUGAAAAUGUACUUGUAAAAUGUAUAUCAAAAAUGAUUGAGGAUGAUUUUUUGUAUGCUGCAAAAUUUGGUUUAAAUGUAUUAUUAGAGAAUAGUGGAAAAAUUUAUUAUUUUUCAAUUCCUAUUAAAGUAUCUAUAGAAAAUAAUUUAAGUAUAUAG